UUUGCCAGAGCUCCAUUGUCACUCCGCAGAACACCAAAUAGUUGCAUCAGAAACAACCAAGCAAUCAGAGUGUGCUGGUUGGCAUCAGCUAUUCAGAUACUCGAGGUGACCAUGGUGCCCCUUCUCAUGCAAGGCAUCCCAAGCUAUCAAUUAAAUGCAAUACAAAAAGCAUACUUAUCUGUGCAUGACCAGCUUGCACGAGGACAAAUUGGAGAUGUGACAGAAAUAGCUAUUGAAAUGGGUGCUGGAAAUAAGGCAGACACUUUCAAAGAUAAUGACAUUGUUGAAAGUAUUAGUUGGCUCCUUCGAGACCUACCCUCUAAUCUACUGCAGGCAAUUCACUUGACAAAUAUUAUCAUUGAGAGAAAAAAGACGUGUAGUAAUUGCAAGAAACAAGUGACAGAAAUUGAUGAAAUUGAUGUUAUCAAUUGUUCUAUUGAAAGAAAUGAAAGUAGCUCUGUUCAGGACAUACUUUCAUUAAGGUUGGAGGAGCUACUUCAAACUUGUACAAGAGCAAAGCUUUGCAAUUGUAAAUCUGCUGAUGGUGACAGGACACCUUUCACAGUGUUAUCCGACAUUAUAAAUCUCCCCAAUAAUUUAUUUGUUGCCAUUAACAGAACUAAACCUGACAGCAAUUCUAAAUUGCAAAAGCCUAUUCUAAUUUGUGACACUCCGUCACUUGAGGGUAAAGCCAUUGCUGGAACAUACAAGCUACAAGCAUUGGCAGUUCACACUGGAAACUCAGUCAAAGAAGGACAUUUUAAGGUAAAUGUACGUGAUAAUGAUGGCUGGAUUGUCUAUGAUGAUAUGAAUGUCACAAGAGUGACAAAAGCAAAUGUAAACAGUCGGUUCAAUCAGAAGAAUUCAGUCCUGGGAGUUUACUGCAUGGAACAUCAUUCACAGGUUCUUAUAAACCAUAUGCAAGAGUCGGAUUGUAUUCCAAAUAAAUGGGAAAAGACACACUCUUUCAUGGAAAAUAAUGAAGAACAGAUGGUAUGUUUAUAGACUCCAUCCAAUCAGUCUAAAAUGAUGUAACAUUCAUGCACCUUCAAUUGUGAUUGGUAUUUUAUAAAUAAUUCCAAAAUAUAGUACA